AUUCCAGCAGCAUGAUGACACCACGUCCCAACGUCCCCCUUGGCUUCUUUUUCUUUCUUUUCUUCUUUUUUUUUUUUUCUUCCCAAAAUUGUAUUUUGAAGACAACCCAAAGUAGAGCAUGUUCUGGGUGUGGCUGCAUGUGAUUUACCCAGUAGCCAAAGUGGGGGGAACUGCUGAAGGGGAAAGGCAGAGCGUCUGCUGCUGAAACAAGUGGAGACCGAGGGCAACAGGAUGAAGACCUCUGGAGCCUGUACACUGUUGUGUCUCUUAGCUUUCUUCUUGUCUCCAGCCGACUGGUUUCCGUGGGCCGUCAAUGGGCAAGAACCGGACAGUGUAACUGAUGAAGUUCACACCGACUCUUUCAUCAGCACACCUGCUGCAGCUGUAACACCACCUGUUCUUCUUAGUCCUGUUCAGUCUGACAGUGAAACCACAACAGCUUCAUCAGAUUGUCGUGAAGAGCAGUUCCCUUGUACACGCCUGUACUCUGUUCACAAGCCGGUGAAGCAGUGUAUCAGCUACCUCUGUGUUACAAGCGUGCGGCGCAUGUACAUAAUAAACAAGGAGGUGUGCUCCCGCAUUGUCUGCAAAGAGAAUGAGGUCAUGCAAGAUGAGAUCUGUCGCCAGCUGGCUGGCCUUCCUUCUCGACGUCUCCGCCGAUCGGGGCAAUUUGCGCAUCUCCCCUGCAGACAGCUCCUGGAGCAGCAGCAGAGAAGUCCUGGUGCUCUGUAAGCUACCAACAGUAGAAGAGAAAAAGGAAGGGAGAGAAGAGAAAUCAUCAUCUGCCACCUACAACCCAAGACAAGUCCUUGCUUGUUGUGAUUCCCCCACCAUUUCUUUACUUCUCUGCAUUCUCCCACAUCCUCUUCUUCAGGUGCUGCAGCACACAGAGUCCCCUGUCUCCUACCCUGUCAUGGUGGCUGCUCUUAUCCUCUAUCUGUUGCUGAUGUGGGAUGCUCCCCUUCUCUUUCAAAUUCUGUUCAGCAGGCCAUGAUCUGCUCAUUUCCCAGAGGUCCUUAUAACUGUGCUGCAUCUUCUCUUGCUUUGCCCCCGCGGAGAAACAUGAAUGAGACAGGAUGUAGUCUUCUCCUGUGCCAGAGAUGCCCAAGACUGUGUCUUAUGUGGAGGAGUGCAAAUGCCCUAGACUUUAUGCCCUUGCCUAGGUUUCUUGCAUGGCACCAGUGUGAGUUCUGAUACACUUGUUCAGCCUGUGCCUCUCCAGUCCUCCUCAGCCAUUGAGUUUGCUCUGUGAUAGCACAGACUCCCUCUGUCUGCUGGACUCAGAGAAGUGACAGGAUGGGGAGAUGAGCUGUCCUCAACCCAAGACAAACCUCAUUGUCUCUGUAUGGCAGCAGAUCAUUUAUAACUACCUCUGGGAAGUUCUUUCAAGCCCAUUGCCUCCCUCAUACACAAAUGCUACCAAAAGGAAGAACUCUGGAUUUAAUACGGCAUUAUAUUUUUCUCAAGAAGAUUAUGUUGGAUCAGAGGAGAGAUCUCUCCUCUCCUCUCCUCUCCUCUCCUCUCCUCUCCUCUCCUCUCCUCUCCUCUCCUCUCCUCUCCUCUCCUCUCCUCUCCUCUCCUCUCCUCUCCUCUCCUCUCCUCUCCUCUCCUCUCCUCUCCUCUCCUCUCCUCUCCUCUCCUCUCCUCUCCUCUCCUCUCCUCUCCUCUCCCCUCCCCUCCCCUCCCCUCCCCUCCCCUCUUGUCCUCAAGAAAUCUCUUGAUGCUCAUUCCAGGCAAGUUCCAAGGAGCAGAAAGUAUGGCUGCAUCUGCUCCUAAGCUCCAAGAGAGCCCAAAGAACAUGUGUGUCCUUGGAGAACUGGGAACUUGCUUCUUCUGGGCUGAAGGACAAGGCAGAAGGCAAUGAAUUAGCUUGUUCUGAUGCCUUGUCACAGUCUGGAUGCCUCUACACUCUCCAGCUGCUGAGCCUGCUUUCAGUAUCUCCACUUCAGUUCCUACCUCCUGACCAGGGAGCUUCUGCACAAAGCAGAAAGGAGUCACAAAUUGGAAUGAGAUGUGGGAGAGGAAUCAUUAUCUGCAGGUUCACUUUGUAUGCGGUCCUGCACGGAGCCAGUUACUUGUGAGGUGGUGGACAUAUCUACAGGCUUGAACACAGAGACAGACCAACCUUGGGAAAAUAUUCACUCUGGUAGCACUGAAUGUCUGUUGGCUGCUAGAGAACCUUGUUUUCUGGAUACAUAGAAAACACUUCCAGGUAUAUAGCCAGUUUUCACUAUGGGAAUGGAAAGGGGAAGAGCUGCCUGAAGUGUCUUAACCACUCUUCAUGACCCCUGGUGGCAUGAUCAGCCAUUCUGUGGGGCACCUGAGCUCAGCAGCUUAGCUCAUUGCAACAGAAGACCAGUGAGACCCUGUGCCUAGGUUCAUUAAGUAUUGUUCCUGACUGCAACAGACAGGCACUUUGCUAGAGCAGGCAUUGACACCAAUUACAUAAUAUACUCUGCUGCUGAACUGAGUACCAUUCAGCCUGGCAGGAGCACUGGUCUGCUGAACAGCCAGAGUAACAUAAUAGAGGGGACAGGAUGCUGUGCAGAGGCAGAAUUCUCAGAAAAUUGAGAAGAAAAACAGAUAAUGUAAUAGCCUCUCCACAUGACUUAGAUUUCUGCUGUAUGCAGCAAGAAGCUGCAUUAUGUCUUCUGUGUCAGGGAAAAUACCCUUGUGCAGAGGCAUAUUUGUUCUACAUAAGGUCAAAAUUGGCCAUAGAUGGGAUAAAUCUCUCUCUGUUACUCCAUUAUGCAGGAGAAAGAAUUCCAGGUUAUGCAGUGACUGGAAUUUCAUCUUAUACACAGGAGCAUAGCACUCCUACACAAUGAUGAUCUUCUUGAGUACUCAAGGCUCACUAGAUUAGGGAUGGAGGAGGAUAUUCCCUAUACUGAGGGUAUGCAUGUUUCUGUAGAGGAGGGCACCAAGAGCUUGAUCUCAAAGCCAUUCAAGUCAUGUGCAGCCAUUGACUUCUGCGGUGGUAUACCUGUAAAAUUUGCCUGCGAGGAGGAAGGUAAGCCGGAGAUGUUAGAUGGAGCUCUUGGAAAUUGGACUAGGGCAAGUCUCCACCCUGUAUUUAGAGUUGAAUGUAAGCUGAUAUAUAAAUAUAUAACUGUAUAACAUAGCUACUGUACAGUACAUAGAAAUUUAACAUUCAUAAAUUUGGGGAAUGGUUUGAAACCUUUCUGUUGCUUGCUUUCAGCAGGGGCAGGAAGAGGUGCUCCUCCCCAGAAGAACAUUGUUUUAAUGCUAGAGUCCAUAUAAUACACACAAACUAUUAAAAGAAAAUUUAUUUCCUGUUGUUCUUGGCAA